AUGCAUUUCGACGAGGAUGAUAUGGCUGACUAUGAUGACGACUAUUACGACCAACUAGAUGAGAUUUUUGCUGUGUUUGGCAAAAAGGUUAAAGAGGAGGAGGCCGCAGAAGCUCUGGAGAAAACUGACUACGAUGUCGACGCUGCCAUCGCCCUGAUCAGAGCCCAGCAAAGCAAGAAGGCUACACCUGUCUCUGGAUCGUCGGCUUCAUUGAAAAAAGCAUCUUCUUCACCUGCGGCGAGUCCCAAAAUUGGACAGAAACAGCCAGCGAGCGCAUCUGGUGGCCAAGGUAAGUUGUCAAAGCUACAGCAGCUUCUACAGAAAAAGGCACAGGGCCCGAAAGAGGACCCUCCUGAUAGUGGUAAGAUCAAACCAAGCGCGGGUAUUGCAGCAUUAGCACGACUUCGGUCAAAGGACUCUUCUUCAGGCACUUCGGCGCUGGCCGCCCGUCUGAAAGCUAGGAAAACUGCCUCGGAGUCCCCUCCACCUUCUAAUUCGUCUUCGCAGGCUGAGAGACAGGUUGUUGCCGAACCCACAAACCCUUUGCCUUCAGAAGAACGGUCUCCCUCGCCAAUAGUUUUCGAGAAGACCGUUUUCGAUCCCAGUACAUCUAUGGGGAAACCAUCACGCUUUGGAGCCCUCCUGGGUGCCUCUUCUUUUGUAGCUCCAUGCUCGAACGUCGCUAACACAGUCUCAACAGCACCUCAAGCAAAAAGUGCAUUUUCAGAGCUCAGCCCUGAUGAGAAGGUACUCGCUGCUCAGCAGAAUGCCUUCCAGCCCAAGGCUAAACCUCAGCCCAAGGAGGCUCUUAAAGUGGUGAAAAAGACCAAGCCCAAGGAUGAACUUUUGUCGCAGCUGAAGAGCAUGAAACUAAAGCCCCAUGUGUCGUUUGUCGUAAUUGGGCAUGUCGACGCUGGCAAGUCAACUUUGAUGGGUAGACUGCUCGUCGACAGCGGCGCCGUAUCCAAGCGUACCAUAGACAAGUACGAGCGAGAAAGCUCGAAAAUUGGCAAGUCCUCAUUUGCAUUGGCAUGGGUCAUGGAUGCCACCAAAGAAGAGCGCGAGCGAGGUGUCACAGUUGAUAUUGGCGAAGCCUCGUUUGAGACUGAAAAUACUCGAUUUACAGUUGUUGAUGCCCCCGGUCACCGUGACUAUGUGCCUAAUAUGAUUGCAGGUGUUUCUCAAGCUGAUAUCGCUGUUCUGGUAGUCGACGCAGGCCCCAAUGCCUUCGAGUCGGGGUUUUCCCUGGACGGACAGACAAAGGAGCACGCUAUUCUGGCACGCAGUUUGGGAAUCGAUACCCUGGUUAUUGCCGUUAAUAAACUCGAUAUGGAAAAUUGGGAUAUGGAGAGGUUUGAAGAUAUCAAGAUUCAGCUUACUGAAUUCUUGUCUCGCAUGAUUGGCUACGAUACCAAGAAGUUAAUUUUUGUUCCGACCAGCGGCAAAACCGGUGACAAUGUUGUCAAGAGAUCUAAUACACCCGGUUACACGGGCCCCUCACUUGUGGAAGCUUUGGAGAGUCUCGAUGUUCGUGCUCGCGACUAUAGCGGUCCUUUCCGCUUCAUUGUCUCAAAUGUAUAUCAAGAGGAUCAUCAAUCAACUUCCACAAUUACUGGCAAGGUUGUAUCUGGAGCUAUUGAGAAAAGCGAUCCCUUAUUGAACAUCACUCAAGGCGGAGACCUGCCAGGCACAGUCAAGGCUGUGGCUGCUGGAGGCAACCAAAUGGCUAUCUCAGGAGAUGUGGCAGAGCUUUCAAUAGAUUGGGACGUCGAGUAUUGCCGUCCAGGUGACGUGCUGUCGAGUCCUGAAGCUGUUGUUCAGCCGAUCACAGCGUUCGAUGCCCGCAUCGUUUUGUUCGACACAAAACGGCCGAUUUUGACGGGAUCCAAACUGUCCUUCUAUAUGGGUCGUGUCAACCAAACAAUCAAGCUGAAAAAAAUCAUAUCACUUGUUGGAAAGGACGGUAGGCCGCCACGCCAUCUCACUAAGCGUCAAACUGCUCUUGUGACUUUGGAGCUAACCGAGCCAACAGUUCUUUUGCCCUACAAAGACGGCAAAGAUCUUGGCCGGUUUGUUUUGCGUCUUGAUGGAUUCACUGUUGGUGGUGGAGUCGUAGAGUCGACCUGA